AAAAUAACGCAGAAAAAAGAUAUUAAAAAUUGUGGUAAUAUUGUUGAUAGUUGUGUUGCAUCCAUGACUAGGAGGAAGGUGAAACUUGCCUUUAUCACCGAUGACACAGCAAGAAAAGCAAGCUACAAUAAAAGAAAAAAGGGUUUCAUAAAAAAGGUGAAUGAACUCACAACACUUUGUGGUAUUCCAGCUUGUGCUAUAAUUUCAAGUCCAUUUGAUACUCAACCAGAGGUUUGGCCAAAUCCAGAGGGAGCAAGGAAAGUGAUUGAGAGAUAUCAAAAUUCAUCAGUCAUAGAUGAAACCAGAAAUGUUAAUCAAGAGACUUUCAUCAUGCAAAGAAUUGCUAAAGCUCGUGACCAGCUCAGAAAACAGAAGCAUGACAAUCGUGAGCAAGAGUUGAACCUUCUUAUGUUUGGUUUUAUGCAAAGCAACAUUCUCUCUGAUGACUUGACUGCUGAAGAACUUAAAGAUUUUGAUAAACUUAUUGAGAAGAAGAUGAGGGAGGUUGAUAAUAAAUUUGCUACACUUGAUUAAUUAUUUCCUCUGCUUUUUAUUUUUAUUUUUUUUUUCAUUUUAUUAUUGUUGUUUUUUUAUACUUUUCUCAUACCUAUAUCAUUAGGUUGUCUAAAUAAAAUUUUAUGGAUUUAAAUAAACUUUGUCUCUCUAAUUCUUCUA